ACACUUCAAUCUUUAUACAAAACUAACACAAUUCACGAGGGUACUUACUUCUUAGAAAGAGAAAAUGGAUAGCGAGGAAGUCUCAUCAGUACCUUCCACACCUGCAACACCAGGGGCCCCUCUUUUUGGUGGCAACCUCAGGUUUGAGAAACCUAAUGUUUCAAGGAAAUCGUCCUUUCUCAGAAGUUGCAAAUGCUUUAGUACUGUUGAACAGUGGACCUUGGAAGAUGGAGCCAAGCCUAGAGUUUCUUGCUCUUUACCAUCCCCUCCCAUCCCCCUAGCAAAAAAGGUUGGAGCUGAGUUUAUUGGCACGUUCAUUCUCAUGUUUGCUGCUAUUGGCACUGCUAUUGUGAACCAAAAGACUCAUGGCUCGGAGACUCUGAUUGGAUGUGCUGCAGCAAAUGGACUUGCUGUCAUGAUCAUCAUUUUCUCCACUGGUCAUAUUUCUGGAGCUCAUCUCAACCCCGCUGUCACCAUUUCCUUCGCUGCAUUGAAGCACUUUCCGUGGAAGAAUGUGCCAGUGUACAUUGGUACACAAGUUUUAGCAUCAGUAAGUGCUGCAUUUGCUCUGAAGGUGGUUUUUCAUCCCUUCAUGAGCGGUGGAGUGACGGUCCCUUCAGUAGGAUAUGGGCAAGCUUUCGCCACAGAGUUCAUUGUCAGCUUUAUUCUGAUGUUUGUUGUCACUGCAGUGGCCACCGAUACAAGAGCUGUGGGAGAGCUUGCAGGAAUCGCAGUGGGAGCCACGGUGAUGCUCAACAUACUUAUUGCAGGGCCAGCAACUGGAAGUUCAAUGAACCCUGUUAGAACAUUGGGUCCAGCCAUUGCUGCAAACAACUACAAGGGCAUAUGGGUGUAUCUCAUUGCUCCCAUAUUUGGAACUCUGUGUGGGGCAGGUGCCUACACUGUGGUCAAGCUGCCCGAGGAAGAGGCAACAAAAACCACCUCCUAAUUCACCUUCUGCCAUUCUUGGGAGCUUCAGAAGUUCAUGUACCCAUGAAAAUAUUAUAGAUAUUCCAUGGAAGCAUGUAGAAUUCACCACUGUUUGGUGCAUGCACGUAUGUUAGAUUAGAUAGAUAUAUAUAUACACAUGGGUCUCUGUUCAUGUAUGCAUCAACGUGUUCUGUAAUUUUGGAAUUGCAAUUACACAUCAAGCAGGCUUCUUCAAUGUAGCUAUUUUC